AUGGGUCACCGAAAGUUUGAGGCUCCGCGCCACGGCCAUCUGGGCUUUCUUCCUAAAAAGCGUACCAAACACCACCGCGGCCGCGUUCGCAAGUUCCCUCGUGAUGAUGCGUCUAAGGCGCCACAUCUUACAGCAUUUAUGGGCUUCAAAGCCGGUAUGACGCACAUCAUGCGUGAAGUGGACCGCCCCGGCUCAAAGGUUCACAAGAAGGAGAUUGUCGAGCCUGUGUCAAUUGUGGAGACACCUCCCAUGGUUGUCAUUGGUGUCGUCGGUUACCUGGAGACCCCGCGAGGCCUGCGUACCCUUACAACAGUGUUUGCUGAGCAUCUGAGUGAGGAGGUCAAGCGCCGCUUCUAUAAGAAUUGGUACAAGUCGAAGCGUAAAGCUUUUACAAAAUACGCUAAGAAAUACCAGACGGCUCCUGCUGAAAUUGAGAACGAGCUUAACCGCAUCAAGAAGUACUGUCAGGUCGUGCGCGUGCUUGCCCAUACUCAGGUUCGCAAGGUGAAGCUUCGUCAGAAAAAAGCUCACCUCCUUGAGAUCCAAGUCAAUGGUGGCUCGGUUGCUGACAAGGUCGACUUUGCUAAGUCGCUUUUCGAGAAGCAGGUUCCAGUUACUGCUGUAUUUGCCAAAGACGAAAUGAUUGACGUCAUAGGUGUCACUAAGGGUCACGGUGUUGAAGGUGUCAUCACACGUUGGGGUGUUACCCGUUUACCGCGUAAGACUCACCGUGGUCUUCGUAAGGUAGCUUGUAUCGGUGCCUGGCACCCUUCGCGCGUUCGUUUUACUGUGCCACGUGCUGGUCAGCACGGUUACCACCACCGCACAGAAAUUAACAAGAAAAUUUACCGUAUUGGUGCUGCCGGUGAUAAGAAGUCAUGCAUGACCGAGCAAGACCUGACGGAGAAGGAUAUCACCCCACUAGGUGGCUUCCCUCACUACGGUGUGAUCAACGAAGACUGGCUCAUGAUCAAAGGCGCUAUAGUUGGUACGAAGAAGCGUGCUAUCACGCUGCGCAAGUCGCUAUUGGUGCACACAAAGCGUUCUGCCCUUGAAGAGAUCAAUCUCAAAUUCAUCGACACCUCGUCGAAAUUCGGUCACGGUCGCUUCCAGACGGCAGAGGAGAAGGCGAAGUGGCUUGGCCCUCUGGCUCGCCAAAAUCGUGGUUAA